UAGAGGGACGUUUGGUGGCGUCUCUGCGGCCGCGGCUGCACAGAGAGUCUUUUCUGUAAAACACCCAGCGUUUCCCCACCAUGUUGCCCGUGGGAGGAGAGGCGGCGAUGGCGGCUCGUUACCGGUGCGGCCCUCGCUGCAGGGAGGUGACGGGCCCAGCUCCGUGCACCGUGGCCGUGAUGGAGAAAAGCACGGGACCCAAGAUUCAAUCAAAAAUGGUGAAAGAAGCUGAACUGGAUUUAGUUCGUGAUGAAUAUCGAAACUUUGUAAAAGACUUUGAAGCAUGCAAAACAAAGAAUAUUCUAGAGUUAGAAGAACAACAUAAAAGGUUACUGUGCACCAUCAGACACAGACUCAAAAGGGCAAUGGAAUUUUAUAAAGACAACAUCGAAGAACGAAGAGAAAGGUUACGAGAUCUUCUGGAGGCUGAGGAGAAAGAUUACAUGAAUCAACUGAACCUUUUGGGCGAAACAGUUUUAGAACGACAAGCAAAAAUGAGGCAACAAGUAAAAGACCUUAAAAUACAAAGGGAGCAGGAUCGUCAAAAACUGAUCGCAGAAAAACUUGAUCAGCAAUUUCGGGAGCAAUGCAAGGAGCUUCAGGCAGAACUAUCUCACCAACGAGAGCAGGAGCUGGCCAGAGACUGGCAGGCACAAAUCGAAUUCAACAGGAGACUGCAGAAUCAGAAAAAGGAAGAGGAUCAACUCUUUGAUGAACUGUGGGAGAAGGACCGACUUGCCAAAGAGGAGAGGGCAGAGAAAGAGCUGAGAGAGGAAAACCGGAAAAAGCAGGAAGCCCUGGCUAUUCAGCUGAAGCAAAUAGCGGAGAUCAACGCGAAACGUGUGGAUCAGAAGCAUCAGAAAGAACACGAGGCAGAGGUGAUGAAAGAAAAGCAGCGUCUUUCAAAGUUGGAAGAUGAGCGGCUUGAGAGGGAGAAAGUGCAGAAGCAGAAGAAACUCCGCGAUACUCUGGACAGUGCCAAGGCACUGAAGGUGAAGCGAAUCGCGAAGGAGCAGGAGGAAGAGCAGGCUCUGGAUAUAAAGUUAAUGGAUCAAGCACUGAAGGAAGAAGCUGAUGAUGCCCAGGCGCUGAUGCAGAAGAAGAUGGACCUAAGACAAGAACAGCAGCUGUACCGAAAUUACUUGGCCCAGAAGGCAGAGGAUGAAAAGCGUCAGGAAGAGGAAGCAAACCGGCUCAUUGAGGCGGACAUGGAGAAAACAUGGGCCAAACGCCAAGAACGGGUGCGCUUGAAGAAAGAGGCUCAAGACCGCCUCCAGAAGGAAGUGAUGGAAACACGCAGACUUCAGAUUCAAGAGAAAUUGGAGAGAAAUGUGAAGUCCCCACAACAACUGGCAGCUGAGCGAGCAAAACUGGAGAAGUCUGUGGAAGAGCAGAAUCAAGUGGAGGAGGAGAAACUGGCCAGGGCGAAACAAGAACGGAAAGCCAAUCAGCAGGACCUCUUGGCUCAGAUCAACUACCAAAAGGAACAGCACGAGAGGGAGAAAGCAGAGAGACAGCGGGAAACGGAGGCAGCAAAGCUGAAAGAGGUAGCCUACCAGAGGAAACUUCAGGCAGCUCUUUCCAAACCUCUUACUGACACUGAGCAAAUUCACCCAUGGAGGAGAAAGCAUUGUAGUGAAGUGUGUUAGAUUUAUGGAUGGAUGCCAUGGUUUCAUUUGAUUUAUAAGGGUAUUUGAGUGGUAUUUAAUUCUUAGAAGAACUUUUUUUAAAAUUGUGUAAAGUAUUUAAUAAUGGUGCCUAGAAUGUGUUACAUGUUUCUGUGUAACUUAACUAGUUUGAUUAUAACUUUAUUAAU